AUGCCUGAAAAUAAUGAUGGUGCCAAAGUCUGCGCAGAAAAACAUGGGGAUAAUUGCAAUGAUGGGUCAGCUGGUUGCAUAAAUAAUGAGAUCAACAAUGGUGCUGAAGGAGAUGGGAUAGACAUAAACAUGUGUAUGAUGGGUCUGCAAGGAUGCUGUGUAACUCGUAGAGAACUAGCUUUAUGCUUUGCCGUUUUUUCAGCGUAUUCUUUGUUGGCAAUUCUUGCAGGGAUUCAUCGCUUGUCAAGACCUGCCAUGGCAUCCACUAACCCGUCGUCAAUUAUUAGUGGCCACCUUUAUUCAACGGAUGAUAAAUUGAAGAGGGGAAGGCCCCCUCCAUUGCUCAAGAAUGCUUGUGAAGAUGUUGCAGUAGGCGAAGAGCCAUUGUCGUCUUGCUGCGUUUGCGUUCCCCUUGGCUUUAGCAAUAGCGCAUGGCGGCAUGAUUCCCAUAGCCCCCAUGUUCUUGGGACAUCCGAUGCAGGGGCAGACAAUGCCCUGCUCCUUCUAGCAGUGCUGCCUCAUACUCCUCCUCUUCUCGGAACAUCCGACAUGGCUGCUGACACUGCCCUGCACCUUCCAGCAGUGCUGCCUCCAACUCAUCCUCUUCUCAGAACAUGCGACAUAGCUGUCGGCGCUGCCUUGCAUCUUCCAGCAGUGCUGCCUUCUACUUCUCCUCUUCUCGGAACAUCCAACAUAGCUGCCGGCAUUGCCCUGCACCUUCCAGCAGUGCUGCCUCCUACUCAUCCUCUUCUCAGAACAUGCGACAUAGCUGCCGGCGCUGCCUUGCAUCUUCCAGCGGUGCUGCCUUCUACUUCUCCUCUUCUCGGAACAUCCAACAUAGCUGCCGGCAUUGCCCUGCACCUUCCAGCAGUGCUGCCUCCUACUCAUCCUCUUCUCAGAACAUGCGACAUAGCUGCCGGCGCUGCCUUGCAUCUUCCAGCGGUGCUGCCUUCUACUUCUCCUCUUCUCGGAACAUCCAACAUAGCUGCCGGCAUUGCCCUACACCUUCCAGCAGUGCUGCCUCCUACUCAUCCUCUUCCCAGAACAUGCGACAUAGCUGCCGGCGCUGCCUUGCAUCUUCUAGCGGUGAUGCCUUCUACUUCUCCUCUUCUCGGAACAUCCAAUAUAGCUGCCGGCACUGCCCUGCACCUUCUAGCAGUGCUGCCUCCUUUUAUUUCGCAGGUUGUUUUCUUUAGCUUGGGGUCAGCUGCUCGUGCACCUUCCAGCAGUGCUGCCUCCUACUCAUCCUCUUCUCAGAACAUGCGACAUAGCUGCCGGCGCUGCCUUGCAUCUUCCAGCGGUGAUGCCUUCUACUUCUCCUCUUCUCGGAACAUCCAACAUAGCUGCCGGCACUGCCCUGCACCUUCUAGCAGUGCUGCCUCCUUUUAUUUCACAGGUCGUUUUCUUUGGCUUGGGGUCAGUUGGCUCGGUGCACAGCUUCCAUCUUUCUUGAUACCAUAG